GCCGCCAUUACGCCGUGUACCGUUCGUCCGUCAAGCUUGAGAGAUUCCAAACACGUCUCUGUGGUUUUACGGUGUCUGUGACGGAAUUUUAUCAUACGUGUUGUUGUAUUCUGGCACAGUAACUUCGCACGAGUUAUCGGACCGUGUGUAUCCGUUUGUAGGUUGUAGACUAUCGGCGGAGUAUUAGCUUUACUUGGCACGCGUGUUGAAAACGUGAUAGCCGUAUUAGCCGCGUUUUCUGGUCGUAAAUGGUCAUCCGAAUUGCUCAUAUACAAUUUCUAAAAAAUAAGAAACACUUUGCCUUAUUCAGACCCCAAGUAGGAUUUGACGACUUGUGGACUUGUUUGCUCUCAGACUCAUGCGCCAAAGAAGUAAUUCAAGCUUCCGAGCCGCCCAAUCUGAUGACAUUGAUCAUGCCAAGUCUGUGGGGGUACUACAGUCUACUAACCAUGGCCCCCACUUUGGGCUGGUAAAGACCGGCAGCGAGACCUGGUCAUGUGCCUGGUCACCUGACGGUCUCUACUUUGCCUGGUCCAGCGGUAAUCGUAAGGUGCACCUCGUCCCAUGGAACCAGUCCAAGCAGUGCCUUGUGAGAGAUGACCCUUACGAUACAGAGGGCAGACGAUGUGACCAGCCGGCUCGGGUCCUCGACUGUGGGGAUUAUGUGUGGUCGCUGGACAUUGGCACUGGUCACUCCUACCCGUCAAGGAAAGGCCAGUCCUCGCUGUGGCGGCGAUUCUCCUUCUCUGAUGAGAUUAUCUUAGCUGUAGGGUUACAGAAAGGCCACAUCAAGCUAUGGGACUGUCGCACAGGUCAACUGUUAAUGGAGUUAUUGGACCAUAAGGACAUUGUUCGUAACCUGCAUUUUGCUCCUGACCAUAGCCUCCUCCUGGUCUCUGCAUCGCGGGACGGGACACUCAAACUCUGGGAUCUCAAUGAUGAUGGGAACAUGAUGAAGACGCUGCGUGGAGACGCCAAGUGGGUGAACGGCUGCGCUUGGUCGCCAGACGCUACAAUGUUGGCUGGCGUUGGAAACUUCAAGUCUGUGAUAAUCUGGGACAUGAAACUGAAGACAAUAGUGCGGAAGUUAGUCGGCCAUCUUCAUGAUGUGUCAGCCUGUAAAUUCUCACCAGACGGUGCUCUGCUGGCGACGGCAUCAUUCGACACACGAGUGAUAAUCUGGGAUCCUUACAUUGGAGAUAUCCUCUUACAGCUUCACCACCUAUAUCCUCCGCCCAGCCCUAUCUUCGCAGGAGGUGCUAAUGAUCACUAUGUGCGCGGGUUGUCAGUCUCCUGUGAUGGGCUCCACCUCUCCACAGUAGCUGAGGAUGGAUAUGUGAGAUUCUGGGAUCUGGAAGACUUUGCUGACCCUAUUCUUGUUGGGAGCGUGAACAACGCAGUUUGCUGCUCCUACUCACCAGAUGGCACAGUUGUAGCUGUUGGAGAUACGAAUGGAUCGGUGGAAUUUUUCGCUGCCCCUCAAGAGGUUCCCACCCUCCAGCACUGUACCCGCAUGACAAUACGAAGACGUGUUCCCUCCACCAAGAUAGACAUGCUGUUCUUACCGCUACGUGUUAAAGAGUACCUGAAAUACAAGAUCUGACAGCACUCCUAUUUUAUUGGGUACGUACUGGGGGUGGGGGGACUUUGUGCAGACUGAGAGAGAGAGAAAAUUAACACUAUUUGGUCGGGGAAAGGCGGAAUGCCUUCUCCUGAAAGCAUCCUUGAGGUUUUGUCAGCUGAGCAGAGUGAACAUGUCAACAGAUUAUAAAGUGCUUAUUUUUCAUGUUUUAAACCAUCGUCUCUUUCCUCUUGGGUGAAAGAGUGGGUACCCUAUAUUUCCCACUGCUGGCCAGACUGGCUAACA